CAUGACGCGGAGGAAGUGGUGCCGGUCAGGUGCUAAUGGGGGUGAAUGGCCACCCAACCGAGUCCCCUCCAAGUUGACACGUCGGCUUCCAACUUGUUUCUCCGCGUCUUUCUUUGCUCUCAAUGUGGCCAGCGAUGUUUGUCUGUGACGAGAUGGACGCUUCGUCGCUCCCAGAGAGGCCAUAACACGAACACCUGACUGUGACAUCUGGCAUCAUCACUGCUUCUAUAAAUACCCCGCAGAGAAAAUGUCCAAAGAGCACAAAUACAGCAUGACGGAGACAUUUGUCCUGGCCGGCUCAAACUGCCAAAACGGGCAGCAAUGGCACACCCAGGUGACCAACUCUGUGACGAACCACACCUCUGUGUCCAGGAUGGCCCGCGUCGCCUCUGAUGUCAAGCACACGUGCGCCGCCUACGUGCUGGCGCUCAGGCCGUGGAGCUUCAGCGCCUCGCUGACCCCGGUGGCCCUCGGAAGCGCUUUGGCGUACAAACUGGAGGGGUCGGUGGACUUGGUGAUCCUCCUGGUGUGCGCGGUGGCCGUGCUUGUGGUACACGGGGCGGGCAACCUGGUCAACACUUACUACGACUUCUCCAAAGGCAUCGACCACAAGAAAAGCGACGAUAGGACUCUGGUGGACGAAAUCCUGGCGCCGCAGGAUGUUGUCAUGUUUGGAGCAUUGUUGUACUCCUUGGGCUGCUUGUGUGCCACCUUGCUCUACUUCCUGUCAGCGCUUAAACUGGAACACCUGGCACUUAUCUACUUUGGGGGGCUGUCUAGCUCUUUUUUAUACACCGGAGGCAUUGGUUUAAAGUACGUGGCCCUGGGAGACAUCGUCAUCCUCAUCACCUUUGGCCCGCUGGCCGUCAUGUUCGCCCACGCCGUGCAGGUGGGCUACCUGUCGGUCCUGCCGCUGGUCUACGCCGUCCCGCUGGCCCUCAACACCGAGGCCAUCCUCCACAGCAACAACACCCGAGACAUGGACUCGGACAAGCAGGCGGGCAUCGUGACGCUGGCCAUCCUCAUCGGACCCACGCUGUCGUACGUGCUGUACAACCUGCUGCUCUUCGUCCCUUACGUGCUCUUCUGCAUCCUGGCCACGCGCUACACCAUCAGCAUGGCACUGCCCUUGCUCUCGCUGCCCAUGGCCUUCCCCUUGGAGAAGCAGUUCCGCAGCCGGUGCUACGCUAAAAUCCCCCAGAGGACGGCCAAGCUCAACCUCCUCAUGGGGCUUUUCUACGUCUUUGGCAUCAUUCUGGCUCCUCGAGGAAGCCUGCCCUUACUGUGAUCCACUCUCGCUUUCAAGUCUUUUUAAUACUUCAUGCUUUAAUUUAUUGUAUAAUUUAUGUGUCGUGUAGAAAGACGUUAGAAAGUUUAACUCUCGCUCUGUGAACACUGAUGAUUCAUUUUCAGUAUUAAGGUGGCACAGUUAUUGUUUCCAUCAUGCAAGGACAAACACAAUAUAGUUGCCAUAUUCUCAUGUCACUGAUACUUGAAAACAUCAGAAAGGAAUGGACUUUGUAUGUUUAUUUCUACAGUGUGAUGUAUCUUUUGCCAGCCAAAUAGUGUUUCUUUGCAUUGUAAUAAAAGUCGCUUGAAGAUA